AUCUGAUGUAACGAACGCGCCUCCGGCACCUUCGGCAACAGUCGUUUCCGGCUUUCAUGGAAUCCAGGGGGCGCCACUUGCCUCAAGCGGACGCAGAAAGUUGUGUGUGGUGUUGAUGCCUGAUGCCUGACAACCAAAAGCUGGCCGACAGCAGUUCUACCACCGGCGCCAGUGCCAGCUGCCGCCCCCCGCGGGGCCCGGUCUUCCCCGGGCACUCGAGUGAGGCGUCGAGCGGAUCCUCUGGGCCCUCCUCGCCCCACCAGGACGCCCCCAGCGAGGAGCAGAGCUGCCCCAGCGACGCCCUGCUGUUCUGCCCACCCCACGACCCGCCCCCCCGGCCACCAAACGGCCAGCAGCCCCCACCCCCGGUCAAGUUCGGCGAGCUCGUGCUCCUAGGGUACAACGGCUUCCUACCGCAAGGCGAAAAGGGAAGAAGACGGAGCAGGUUCGUCCUGCAACGGCGGCCCUUUCCCAACGGCGUCAAGAAGUCCAAGCACUACGUCGUCAAGACGCCGCAGUCUUCAAAGGCUGUGCUGGACACGAAACAGCACUCCAUCUCAUACACACUGUCACGGACGCAGGCGGUCAUCGUAGAAUAUGUCUUGGACGAGGAGACCGACCUGUUUCAGAUUGGCCGUUCGUCGGAGAGCCCCAUUGACUUCGUGGUCAUGGACACGGUGGCGGGCGACAAGGCCGGGGGAGGGGCCUGCCGGGUGACCCAGAGCACCAUCUCGCGCUUCGCCUGCCGCAUCCUGGUCGAGAGGGGGCGCUCCCACCGCUCCCACAUCUUUGCGGCGGGAUUCGACUCCACGCGCAACAUCUUCCUGGGCGAGAAGGCUACCAAGUGGCAGCACGAGGGAGAGAUCGAUGGCCUCACGACCAACGGGGUGCUCAUCAUGCACCCCCAGGGGUCCUUCUGCGGGGGAGCCACCCCCGGCAUCUGGAUGGAGGUCUCUGUCGGCGGAGGGGUGUACGCCAUCAGGGAGUCUCGGUCGGCACCCAAGAAGGGCGUCAAGAUUGAAGACGAGACAAACAUGCUGAGGGACGGCUCCCUCAUUGACCUGUGCGGAGCCACGCUGCUCUUCCGCUCGGCCGAGGGGCUCAUGAAGUCUCCGACGAAGCACCACUUGGAGGAGAGGCUGCAGGAGCUGAACGCCGGGCGCCCCCAGUGCCCCGUGGGGCUGAACACGCUGGUGAUUGCGGCCCGCGCCACGCUGAGCCAGGCAGACAAGCAGCCCUACGUGUACCUGCACUGUGGCCACGUGCAGGGGCUGCACCACUGGGGGCUGCAGGACCAGGCCACCAACGAGCGCACCUGCCCCAUGUGCCUCAAGGUGGGGCCUGUAGUGAAGCUGUGCAUGGGCAUCGAGCCGGCCUUCUACGUGGACAGCGAACCGCCAAACUACGCCUUCAACCCCUGCGGUCACAUGGCCUCCGAAGAGACGGUCAAGUACUGGGCUUCGGUGCCGAUCCCCCACGGCACCAACGGCCUCCAGUCGGCGUGCCCGUUCUGCGCCGUCCCGUUGGAGGGCUACCCCGGCUACGUGCGCCUCAUCUUCCAGGACCAUGUCGACUGAGGGCGCCACGCGUGGCCCCCUGCGCCCUGCCGCAACGUUGGUGGCGCGCGACAACGGACGGCCGAGUCGCGCGUCGACCCCUUUCUUCCAUUUUUGUUUCCUCGUCCUCUUCCUUUUACAGUGCGUGCGCUCGUGUGCGUACGGGGAGGUGGUAAAACGUCCCGACUCUGGUUCUUUCGCCGACGGGUUGGUUCCGUGUCGUUGCGGAACGUCGGUACACCACCCGCUUCCGUGUCGUCAAGAUUGGCAAGCGAAAAACGACGGUCGUACCCGGCCUCCGAGACGUGAUUUCGCCGGAACGCGGGUAGGGUCGUCCGAAAUGGGAUUGAUGUUGAACGAGCCAAUAUUACCCAGAAGGCCAGGCCCACGCAUGACAUCGACGCUAGUGGAUUACCGAACGCGUUCGCCUUGGCGUUGCGCUUGUUGUGAGAUGCCACAAGGUCUCGUCUUGUCUUCUAGGUGGAGUUGAACAAGCACCGCACCGGGGGCAGUGGUAGGUUUCCGAGAGCGUCGGGAACAUUGUUUGCACUUUGGAUGACUGUAAAUAACGGCUUGCUCGGUAUUGUCAGUACCGUGAACGACCUUAGACGUGCGGAGAGCGCGUCCGGAACGCAGUUUCUCGCUCUCGUCGGAACACAACUGGGCGGCGAUCGUAGAUCGUGUCUGCACAAGCAUCGAGGCGGAUAGUAGAAAUCCCACAACCGUACUUGCUACGUACUUGGUCUGGCCCCGAAAUCGAGCUGCUGCUGUAGCAUGGUGUGUCAUUUCCUUGACCGCGGAGAGCUCUGUUGUUUGCAGGGCCGACAACUUUGCGGACAGUGUUGCGCGAAGGAUGUGGGGUCUUUUUUUUCCGUGUUUAGUUACUAUGACGUGCCAUUCUAAGAGCCAAGCAUUGCCAAGGUUGACUGAAGGGACCCGGGUUAUUUCGCUGUUUGGAUAAUUUGCUUGAAAGUGUGAGUGCCUGGUUCACGCUAGAGUUUGUUAUAGACGUAUCGUCCGCCUUUUUAUCACUCGGAGUGAGCUUAAAACUACGGCCACGGACGAUCUCCCAGUUGACUUUAUUAGCGCAUUGUGGCUGUGUGAUUGUGUAAUUGUUUAUUUGUGGUGUUUUAUUUUUUGUUUUUAUUUUGUACCAUGGAUUAGGUAAGAUUGUAAAGAGAUCAAGUCUUUGGCAUACUUCUUUUGUUCAACUAAAUUGAAGGGUAACAGGUCGCAACUCCAUUCCUUGUUACUAUUGAUCUACAAUUAGGUUAUAUAUUGAUGACUUAAUUGAUUUGAGCACUAGGCUAUCAUCGGCGAACCAGGAAAGCUUCGUGUUCUUUCGACCGUCAUGCUUCCGUCGUCUUAAGUUAUCCUGAAACGUCUCGAGUAUUGGUCGUGGAAUAGGUAGCGUCAGUCUAAUUUCCAAAUUUGGGAGUGUGUAAUGUUGUCGCUGUCUACUAUAGACGUUUGCCAGUACGGCCUCUGGGCGCCGCCAUUUUUCUGCUGGUGUGGGUAGGUCGUCCGAAAGUCGAGCGUUGCUGAGGUGUACCCACGGUUUCCAGACAGGUGCCCGAACAAAGCGUUUUCCAUCCACGGUGGCCAGACUAGCUCUUGAAGCGCGGCUGCUUGCAGACGUCUAUAGAGCCUGUUUCGAGGGUCUGCGAAAUUCGUGGCUUACCCGAAUCAAUCAUUACUGUCCGAAUGUCUAGAGCAAAAUUUUACCGCACGUCAUUACAAAACCUCCAGCACCGUUCCCAAUGACCUUCAGACGAAACAGUCGCGCAACCACACGUAUGUGUUUUUGGUGUGCACAUGAUUCUGCGGGCUGACCAAUUCAUAUCAUGCAGUCAGGUUACAUAGCACGCGGGAGGUCGGUGGCAUUAAGUGUGACACGAGGUUACCGCAGUGUCCAGAAGAUGGCGCCACGCUACACGCGACAAAUAAUGACGCUAUGAAUAGGUCGCUCUCCGCUACCCCAUUCCCGUUCAGCUUUCCCGAGAGUUUUCUUCUUUCUUUUUCAAACUCCCACGCUUGUAAAUAACACUGAAGAGGCGGCCAGACGUCUCAUUGAGCGUUUUCAAAUGGUAGUUUCUCCGGUGCCGCGCUUUUGUAACGUGAUUUCAAUGGACGUCGCCGCGAUGUACGGAGCGUGCAUCUAUUUUAAAGAUUGACUAUAUUUUUUUAAGUGGAGUAGAUGGAUGCAAAGCGUCACGGUCGAGUCUGAAUUAUUUCUCGAAGCGUGCGGACAACCCUGUGAUGCUUGCGGGAUUUUUUUUUGAAGAGGGACAUCAUAGAGGAUCUGUCGCGGUAGCAGUUUUGGCGGAUCACAAACUCUGAUGGGGCUUGAAUGAUGGAAUAAAACAUCAGGUUUUGGCAUGACAAACGCUUGUGGAUGUCCUUAGUUUUACAUUAGGGAUAACUUCAGUUGGAAAAUGCAUCCGAUAUGCCGGUGCAAAAGACUAAAGUGUCAAACUUGGACUCGAGCUUUUUUUUUUACAAGUUGAUGUUUGGUUUGUUGUGUGCUAAUAUUUUGUAUCGCUACUCUUUUCCCUCCAGUAAUCAGAAAAGAUAUGUGUUUUCUUCCAUAAUAUUGUUGCGAAACUGCGUCUAUCCCAGUUCAGCGAAGUGUAUGUUCUCUUUUUCGCGUUUUCAAAUAUAGCAAAUGCAAAUGCAAGUGUUGUACAUUUGCCCACCUCGUCAUCUACUGUUAUACAACCUUUUUAUAAACGUGAGCAAGAAAAAGAAGAAAAAAAAUCUGAAGAUCUCUUUUGUGGCGUAACGGCAUGUUACUUUUUUUUUCCACGGAAGGGCUGGAUUGUGAAGUAAACGUUCGCCCGUGGGGGGGACCAGAUGGUUUUGAACUUUUGCAGGUGUUUUUGCCCGCGUGUACGGCGCAGUUUUUUUUAUGCCGGCAUUUCGUUUUCCACAUGCUGUAAAUACAAACACACAUACACAUUCACCUUCUUCCAGUUGAUGUUUGUCGGAACGUGUCGCACACGGUUUGUAGAGGUUUGACCGACGGCACUGACCCAUGUCGCCAAGUCUAAAGGGAACACUUUGAAUAGGAAAGAAAGAAUGCACCAUUCCAUUAUUGACUCUUUAAAAUUUGGUUUUGGUGUCUUUAAUGUAACGUGAUGACAGUGCGACGCACGCAGUUAACCUAAUGCAGUAGUGGUGCGACACAACCGCAAUCGACUUCACAAAGCCAAAUCUUGCAGCUCAUUUCGGAAUGCGGGCUAUGUCGCAAGGAAUGUGCCGUUGAGUUUGUUAGGAAUGUGCCUCUAUGCUUUAGCCCUUGUAAACUGACUAUGUUACGGCCAAGAUUGGUGUGUGCUAGAUGGACGCUCCUUCUGGGUACAUAGCUGGUGGUGCAUAAGGGCUUCAGUCUAUAAACCAGCCAUUUUUUUGUGUUGCAAUUGUUCACAAAUUUGUUCUGAAAUUGGCUGAUUAUCGGUUGUGGAUAGGUUACAUUGGCGUAUAAUGCAGAACUUUCAUAUACCAGUAGAUAACCACGAGUGAAACUUCCACCAUGAUGCUCGGAAUUUGUGAAAGCGGAGCAUACCACGACUUGCGUCGCCUUCGGCACAACUGUGAGGAAGCGGGGAUAACCAGAUUCCUCUUCUGCAUGUGGCACCUCAACUUCUCUCCUUAAAAUUUCAACUUCUCUUCUUAAAAUUUGUUGUCUGGUCACCUCUAUUUGUUUAAUAGGCACUGCCAUAGCCAAUUCUGGGAACGCUGAGAAGUUUAUUUCUAAGACUACAGAUGCACGCCUGAUUUGCUUCUGUAUAUUUUUUCUCGGAAAAUUACGGUGCUGAAACUAGCAGGUGAAACUUUUCAACUCUUUUUGCAAUGGUUUCGUUUUAUCAGUGCACAAAUUCAGUUACCUUCACGAUCAGAGGCUACACCAGGGCAAAGUUUCCGAGUUUCAUGUUACACACUUGGUAAAAUGAAAAUUUAUUUUGGUUUCAUGGGUGCUUCUUUUAUUACCAUUCCCUCCCUUUUAUUACCACGGAAAAUUAUUUGUAGUUGUUCAUUAUAUAUCCACAUCAUAUCCCAUUCGGUUCACUUUCUGUAACGUGCAAGUGUUACAAUGUUAUUAAAAUAUUGCUUUUUUUUUUCUUUUUGGCCGUCGUGGCAGAAUGUGGAAUGAGUGCAUUUUUAAAACUGCAGAUUUCUUGUUAUCUUAGAAGAAAAAGAAAAAACAUUUUGGUGCGUAAAUUUACAUGGUGAAGAAAAAGGCUAUGCUCAGGCAACAGAAAUUUAAUGAUCGUAGGUCCGGGUUUAUAUUGUAGUUGAGUAUUUAGUGUGGUGCUUUGAUUUUCUUACGGGUUUAUCGAAAGCAAAUGGGUCCUCUGGGUACUAAGCUUUACAUGUAUGCUUUCAAAGAAGGUUUGUUGGUAGAAGCAUCUAAAUGUCGUCCGACAUUUUCCUAGAAAUGUAGAUAACAUGGUGCGUACAUACCGCGUGCUUUAUCUUUCAUGAAAGUGGCGGCGUUUAAGUGUACUUCGAAAUACCGGCCUGUAAAGACGGCCUGACACAAUUGAUCUGGACAAUGCAUAGUGCUGCGGGACACUCAAUUUAGGUAAGGUGCUGCAAGUAUCACAAAAAAUAGUGCCGAGUUGUGUUCCUUGAAUGAAGACGUUGGACAAUUGACUGGGGUGUAGUCGUUGGGGUUUUCACACUGCACCAAACACCCUUCUUUUUCGUGCAUGCACUAAUUUGUUCCCUUUUUUUCUUUGUUUUGCCAUUUGAGGAAAGAAAGGACUGAUCCACUGGACAGUGUGCGGGAGUCCCUACCUGUACCUUUUUUUUAGUUUGUGUUCGAUACCGUUUGGCUGCGGCCGACGACACUACGUCCUGGCUUGACGCUAUUUAUCCACUGUAAGUAAAUCUGAAACUGUAGAUACUUUCUCUCGACUGGUAUUCUAUGUAACAUAGAAUAAAAAUCAAGUUUUCGAUGACA